UUUCAUGAUUAAUCUAGGGUGAAGUUCAUUCGUGAUAUAGUUACUUAAUAUUGAUAUAUUAAAAAGGAAAGGUUAUUUAAGCUGCGUAAAAAUAUACACAUUUCUUAGGUUCGAACUGCAACUAUAGCGACCUCCGGCAACUUUCCGAGGACGCAGAUACCAGGUGAUUUGGCAAGUUCAGAAUACUAGAGUUUACCCGCGAUUUUAUUUUAUUAUGAUUUCUCCACUGCCUUCAUGAGAUCGCGAUCCAAGUGGCAACGAAGUUGAAAGGGAACAGCAGCAUCUGCAAGUGCGUUGUUUUCGUCCCGAGUUUUAACAGAGGGAAAGUGUAGGUUUUGGUCGGGCGGACUGGGAGUGUGGACCUGCACGUGACCAAGUCCCACACGCACACACGUACACACAUACACAAACGCACACUCUGGGUCUCUACACAUACAGACACGCGCGCACGCCCAUUGCUGCUUCAGUCGCUUUCCACACGGCUUCGUGGAAACAUGGGGAGACUUUACCUCUUACAGUGUUAACCUGUUGUGGUUUCAAGAGUAAGAGUAAGUGAAUCCUCACAAGAAAAAAUAUUUAGGGACAGUGAAAUGCGUGAUUAUCUUCGGUUUAGUGUUUACUUUGGAUAAACAGCCAGUGUAUGUAUACUUUAAAGCAUUCAGUUUUAUUUAAGCUUUUCCAGAGAAAAGUGAAUGGAAAGGAUUAAUAGUAAAAUUAGGGAAGUUCAUGAUCGGAUCAUUAAAGUACAUAUUAUUGCCUUUGGUUUGAAAAGGAUCUAACGAAACUAUUCCAGUUUCAAAACGUGAUCAAUGGAGUAUCUAACAAUUGCGUUAUACUGAAAGAAAAAUAAGCCACACAGUUUGGGCAAACCAGUCCCGUGUUGGUGAAUUGCAUACAGAAGCGUGUCGCGCGACUAAAAACAGCCACCGCCAGCGUGUGCCAAGGAACCAAACCUCGGCCUCGAUGUCCUUGUGACGUGCUCUGUUUGCGAAGUGCACUGGUUUACUUUCAGAAAAAAAACAAGUAAUACAAAUUAAAGACCGUGGAUGCUGUGGAAAGUGAUUAAGUAGGAGUGAUUACCGAUCUGAGGCCGCUGCCUAGUUGAGGCAUGGUAGUGUAGUCGCCGGAGUGGUGUUUGGAUGUUUCCGUGUGACGGCUUGACCUCCAGUGGCGGGCAGCGGUUAUCGCUCCCUCCCCGGGCGAGUCUCGGCGCCUUCACUCCCCCCAAGCACUUCGCCCACCGUCAACUAUCUCCUCUUUGGGAUCAAGGCUAAACGAACGUCGAACUGAGGACAGCGGCCGCCACCCUCUCUCGCGCCCCCCCUGGUGAUGGCGGCGGCGGUGAAGGAGGAACCUGAGGCCCCGUACAGCCUCUCUCUUCUACUCGGCGAGCGCAACCCCAGGUGCAGACCCAUGACAGCUUCCGCUCUCGGUGGGCCUCCGCCUACGCCCCAGCACCAGCAGAACAUCCACCCCCAGACCCCGAAUUCCAUUCAACAGCAAAGCACGCCUCAUCAGCAGCAAAAUCAGCAGCAACAGCAGAAUCAACAGCAGCAGCAACAACAGCAUCAGCAGCAGCAACAACAACAGCAGCAGCAACAACAACAGCAGCAGCAACAGCAGCAGCAGCAGCAGCAGCAACAACAACAACAACAACAACAACAACAACAGCAACAACAACAACAACAACAACAACAGCAACAGCAACAGCAACAGCAGCAGCAGCAGCAAUUGCCAAUGACGGGAGGGCCAUUCGAGCGAGUGCCAGCCCACUCGCCCUCGGCCAUGGCCCCAUCGGAGGCCUCCAAGAGGCAUCCCUCUCCCAAUAAGCCUCCAGCUAAUGUACGUCUCCGUAGCAGUUACAAGAGUCACGUGAAUAUGCUUGCUUUUAUUGUUAGUGACGGGACCCUCUUUCUCAUCGAAUCAUCGAGAAGCGUCGGCGAGAUCGAAUGAACAAUUGCCUGGCCGAUCUCAGUCGACUCA